UCUGAAACCUGUUGCAUCUCUCAGCAUUUUGCUCUCAUAAUAACCGCUCGGUUUUCACCGUCGAGUUUUAGCCUCUUAUUAAUGUAUCAUAUUUGGUGGGAUUUUCUACAAAGCUUCGAAAAGCAAGUCGAUACCUAUUUCGAAUACCUGUAAAGCUAACCUCAUUUAGCCCUCACCAUCAUCGAUUAACGAGAAGGAUGGCUGUGAAUGUCAUUAGGUUCAUCGCCUGGUUGUUUUUCCUGGCUACUCUGACUAGAGCCGAGGACUGUGACGUCGAGAGCAAGAAUUGUACCUGCGUGAUGCCCAAGCUGUAUGAUUGUCCCGAGGUGGAUCUUAGUCUCAACCCGGUACCAGACGGCUGUCCACUGCUCAAUGAGAAACUGGCCGGAACAGACUUCUCUGAUCUAACUUGCGGUGGUGAGAAUGAUACAUUCGAACCAAUUUCUGGUGCGAUAUCUUUUACAGCUGAUGGUAGAUGGCUUGAGUUUGAGAAUGAAGCAUGCAAUGACGAAUUCUACUUUAUUGUCGAUCUUAACGGAGGACAACUGGUGAAGACCCUGAAGAUGGAAGACAUGAACCCUAGUGUGACAACUGGUCAGAAUGUGUCCUUUGAGGUCGCCUAUGGCUACACCGUGCCAUGCACUGAUCAACCGACUCUCAAUACCCUUCUCUGGCAGUACAUCACACCUGGGUGGUAUGCCUCCGAUGCGGAUAUCACGAAGGUUUGGAAUCGUCUGAACUUCACGAAUGGUGCCUUCGGUCAGGUUGAAGCCACGUACUUCAAGGCUUCUUACCUCUUUGUCCACUUCAACCAUAUCCCAGUCAACAGUCGAUUCAGAUUGUCUGUGACCGGAUGCCAUGAGACAGGCAAGGACAUUGCCCCAGCCCUCGAGUACCUCAAUAGCCUGCUAAGUGUGACCAAUGACACGUUGGAGAUCGUACAGGGCAUUGCAGUGUCUGGGACUGCGAUACAAUCGGAAAAUAAUCUUACUGAUGAUGAAGUGGUCCUGUUUCUCGAUGCAUUCGCGUCCUUCGAGGAUAAAUCCCUUGAUCUGUCUAACGAGCCGGAGGAAGCACAGAAUCUAACAGAUGGUUUUGCUGAAGUUGCUUCCAAGGUUUUGAGUUCUAUCACGUUUGUCAGCAUACCACUAGAACAUUCUGGAGGUGUACACAGCACCGCCCCGUCAGGGCUUUACACAGCAGGAGCUAACGAACAUACAACGUCGCACAAUGCUGAUAAACGUGUUGCUGACCAGCAAGCCCGGGCCAUCCUGGCCAUCGAGCAGGCUAUCGGAGUGGUCACAUCUCGUGCUGGCAAUGCCACUAUCAUCGCGAAAACAGAGAAUCUCAUCAUUGAGUCUGCUCCUUUGCGUGUUACCGAUACCACGGAGGUUCAGUCCAUCACCCUUUCCUCGGGUUAUGGGAACGAGGAGGAAGACGCUACGGUGCAAAUAGGAGUGGACUUAUCAGGAAUAGCAGAACUUCUUAGUCUCCCAAGGUCCUCAAAUGAUAACAGAUCAUCCGUUCCAGUUCGCUUCACCGCUAUGCAAAUUAAAACGGACAACUUUCUGGAAACAAAUCAAAAUACAGAUUUCCGUUUGUCAGCUACUGCAAACAGCGACAAAGAGGAAGCAAUAUCUAAUAAGGUCUUUCUAAACUCGGACAUCCUCUCCUUCACUGUGUACUUUGAUGGUGUACCCCAAUCUGUCCCUAUUGAGACUAGCUACACGAACAAGGCGGAUCUGAACCCGAAGGAAAACGCCACCUAUCGCCGCAAUGAGAGCAGCACGUGUGUCUGGCUAACCGAGAACAAGCGUUGGAGUGAUACAGGAUGUAUCACCACCAGCCAGGAGGAUGUCUCAACGACUUGCUCUUGUGGACAUACUACUAGCUUUGCCGUUCUGGUCCAAGUCGUUGAGUUUGAGAUCAGCAAGGCUGAUGACCUGGCGAUGACUAUACUCUCCUACUUUGGAAUCAGUUUAUCCAUCUUGUGCCUCGUCAUAGCGCUCUUUAUCUUCUUUACUGUAGGAGCCCUACGUACAUCUGAACGCAAUAUGAUUCAUCGCAACCUGAUGAUCGCUCUACUCCUGGCCUAUGUCGUCUUCUUGGGAGGUAUCCAAUACGCAAGGGUCAUUCCAAUCAUGUGCACCAUUGUAGCAGCCUUAUUACAUUAUCUCUACCUAGCCGUCUUUGGUUGGAUGCUGAUCGAAGGCAUACAUCUUUAUCUCAUGCUUGUCAAGGUGUUUGGAUCAGAAGGCAGUAAGCAGAUGUACUAUCUGGUGAUUGGAUGGGGUGCUCCUGUCAUCGUAGUUGCUAUAACAGUUGGGAUCAGGCAUCACGAAUACGGAACAGAGGAUAUGUGUUGGAUCAAGCCUGGUUCGGGUGCGAUCUGGGCCUUUGUUGGACCGGUCAUCGCAGUUAUCCUGUUCAAUUUCCUCGUUCUGUGUAUGGUGUUGCGUAUCAUCUACCGAUCAUCUGCGAUCAACGUCGAUUGCCCCAUCGAUCAAGUCAAGGCGGCAGCUAAAGGAUCUAUCGCUCUACUGCCCAUCCUCGGUCUUACAUGGUUUUUGGGGAUAUUCGCUUUGGGAAAGAGUACCAUAUUCUUUCAAUAUCUCUUUGUGAUAUGUAACAGCACACAGGGUAUCUUGCUCUUUGUGUUUCACUGUCUCUUUAACUCAGAGGUCAGAAAUGCACUGAAGCGUGAACAUGAGAAGAUGGGAUGGUCCACUGCUGGUGGUACACAGAGUAGGAAGGCUAAGGUCCAUCCUGAAGACAUCGGUACUAGCACAGCCAAGGGCCUCACUACUAAAGGGGCCACUAAGACCACCAGUGCUGAAGAGAAAUCUGUUAGUGUAUACCAUUCAGCCCAGAAUCUAUCUGGUAAGGGGGACGUGAAUCCAGAGUCUAAGACCAAAGACCAGCCUAAGAAGACCAACUCUGAGUUCUCUCUGCCGGGUCAGAUCGAUGACCCCCUUGAUGAGGCUCAGACCAGCACCAUACGACAGGAGAUAAAGACUGAGCGAGAGAUGGAACAAGGAGGCUGGAAGAUCAACGAGAAGAAGCAUGUCCAGCGAACCUUUGUUCGUGUCGAAGACACCCAGUAAUCAAACACAGCAUCUACACUUGAAGUGCUAUACUACACUCAAAGUGUUGUAUUCUUACACCCUGCACUUUACAUAGAUUUGCCUCUAUUGAGAGUAUAGUGAAUGUUAACACCAUGGAUAAGCAGGUAUAUUUAAUGCACAUUUCAGUGUAAAGCAGGUUCAACACCAUAAAGGGUAAACAAUGUUGAAUUUUAGCACUUUUCAGUGUACACAUUAGGUUUUAACACCAUAAGAGCUCAAUAAUGUUGAUUGUUUUUUCUUAAUUAUGGUUAAGUGUGAAGUGAGUUAUAACUCCAGAAAAGGAAAACAGUGUUAAUUUUAAGCACUAUUCGAUGUAAAGUAAAUAUUGUACAGCACAGAAAUAUUGAUGUUAUGCACCAUUCAUUGUCGAGUGACUUUAAUUUUAAAAAGCAUAAACUAAACAACCGAGUAGUUUUAACAUCUUAGUUAUGAAUUUAAAAAUGUGUAUAGUUGUUUUUGUGUAGGCUGAACAUGGUUCAAGGUAAACACUGAUAAUAACAAUAAUAAAAUUAACUCAAUAAAUAAGAAAAUGUGAUAACUCUUUAUAAUCAUAGCUUAUGGUAAAGGGCAACAAGUAAACAGUUAAAGUCUAACAAACCGUUCACUAUUCAGAGUUAACUUGUUUAAGAUAAGACUUGUUUAUUAAAUACGGUACAUGAACUAUGUCUUGAACACGGUUUAGCGUAAUGUACAAUUCAAUCCAAUGUAGUAUUUAAAUGUGUUCAUUGUGAACUUGGCUGUUUAUUUUAAAAAAAUCUUUGAAAACUUUAAAGGAAGGUGUUCGUAUUUGCAGGAUAAAGAUGUGGCCACUAGGACAGGUUUGACUGUAUGUGAUUGUAAAGAGCCCGUCUUACGGGAUUCCUCUCACUUGCACUUUACUUAAGAUUUCGAUAAAAUACCGGAGGAGAUGAAUUGCGUAAAUUUUAAAUAUAUCUUUUAACACUAGAUAUGGGGAGAUUACAAUGAAAUUUGUCGAAUCCCGAUUGUAAAUAUGUGUAACAUAAAAUCUUUAUAUGUGUAUUCAAUUUCAAGGUCCAUCCAGGGGCGUCGCUGGGAGAUGCCGGGGUUGCAACUUACAACCUCAUUGCCACCAAAAUGUUAUGUGGUUGAGUCUAAAACUGUGAGAGUCAAAUUUAAAAGUAAAACCAUUCUUUUAAAAGGGGAUUGCCGGGAAAUAAAUUGCAAUAACUCUUUUUGUUUUUGAAAAUCUAAAGACCUAUCUUGUUAAUCGAAUGAUAGUUUUUUUUGUAUUGCUUCUCA